AAAUGAGAGGCCACAAGCGAGCUCGCAGGUUUCCAAGAGCCGAGUCUUCAGGUACGAUCUUCACUCCCGGCGAUGGCUCUCGCGCAAGGCAAAUGGGUCAAGCUUGAUCAACAUGGUACUGGGCCUGGAGCAAGAAGCUCUCAUGCCAUUGCCAUAGUAGGACAAAAGGCCUAUGUUUUUGGGGGUGAAUUUGCACCACGAGUCCCGGUCGAUAACAAGCUCCACGUCUUCGACCUUGAAACCCUAACAUGGUCGGUUGCCGAUGCAACCGGGGAUAUACCACCACCACGUGUCGGUGUCUCAAUGGUACCUGUUGGGAAAACCAUUUAUGUAUUUGGUGGUAGGGAUGUUGAACAUAAGGAGCUCAAUGAGCUGUACUCUUUUGACACUUGUACAAACAAAUGGACCCAACUCUCCACCGGGCCCCCUCAUCGGAGCUACCAUUCUACGACCGCCGAUGAUCGCCAUGUGUACAUCUUUGGUGGGUGUGGCAUGGAGGGCCGGCUUAACGAUCUAUGGGCCUAUGACGUAGUUGAUCACAAGUGGGUCAAAUAUCCAGUCCCUGGGGACAAGUGCAAGGGAAGAGGUGGGCCUGGGCUGGCGGUGGCUCAAGGAAAAAUUUGGGUUGUGUAUGGCUUCGCUGGAAUGGAAAUGGAUGAUGUACACUACUUUGAUCCAGCCCGUGAAGAAUGGGCUCAAGUGGAGACAACGGGUGAAAAACCUACACCCCGAAGCGUAUUUUCUACGGUUGUGAUUGGAAAAGACAUAUUUAUACACGGUGGGGAAGUAGACCCUAGUGACCUAGGUCACAUGGGUGCCGGGAAAUUUGCUCAUGAGGUUUAUACAUUGGAUACUGAGACGUUAGCAUGGAAAAUGUGGGAUGAUGGGCCGGAUUCGAGCGAUCAUCCCGGGCCUCGAGGUUGGUGUGCAUUUACCGGUGGUAAAUGGGACGGCAAGCAGGGACUUUUGGUGUAUGGUGGCAAUUCACCAAGUAAUGACAGGCUUGAUGACAUUUUCUUUUUCACUCCCUAAUAAGAGGCAGAUAAUAAAUGAGCAUAAGCCCAUGUACAAUAUAAUGAUUUCAUAAUCCUGAACAUGAUGGUUGUAUGUAUGGUGGUCAUGAGAGAAUGAAACUAAGAAUGUAUGGUAUGUACUUAAUGUGAUUAUGUAACCUAGGCUUGGCUUUUUAUGUUGGAAUAAGGUAAUUAAUAUGUUGGCUUUAGACAUUAGAUGUUUUGGGUGUUGAAGUGUGGUGUCUAUGUCCCAUCGAAUAAAGAAAACAAACUUUUGGUG